GCAGGUCUGAAAUUAAAUAAAAAAACAACACACGAAAGCAAUAAAAGAGCCUGGUGUCAGCUUCUUCCGGCUUCCUCCAUGAGAAAGGUGGCGUUGUGCAGCUAAACGAUCAAGAGUUAACGAUUUCAGAAGAUGGGGGUCAAGAUGAAGCCUCUUAGGAGCUUCAGCCGAGUGGAGCCCCACAAGCUCGGUGUAGGACUGUUUGUCGGAUGCUUUGUGGCCUUGAUAGUUUACAUUUCCAUGUCCGAUCCUGUCGUGAUUCCUUUCCUUGAUGGUGAUUCCCGGUUGACAUCAAUGUACAGAGUUCCCAAAAGUACCAUGGUGGAAGACAAGAUGAGUUCUCCAGAGUCCGGACUGGGAAAAGCUAGACAGAAGCACAAGCCAAGUUGCAGUUCUUCAGACCCAAGAUCAAAUAUCUGCAAAAAAAAUGAUGUAAUGAGGAUGCAAUCAAACUCGUUAUCCACAAAAAGUGAUGCUCCCUCUGGACGAAAAGAUGCAAGUAAUAUUCAGCAACUAGGGAGUGAAAACAGGGUAGAGUAUCGACAUGAAAGAAAUGGUGAUUCUAAGGUCCCCGUCAAAAAUUCGUCUCCUGCUAUUGGUGAUCCGAUGCACAAAGAGGAUAUCAUCAAUCCUAAGCAAUUCGGUGGAAGAAGAGAGAAUGUGGAGCCUCCAAAGAAGCCGAUUUGUGAUUUUUCUGAUCCGAGAUCUGAUGUCUGUGAAUCGGACGGUGAUGUUAGAAUCCAUGGAAAGUCCUCCACUGUGAUGUUUGUUACUUCGGACCAAGCAAGCAAUCCAGAAUCAAAUCGAUCAUGGAAAAUUAAAGCUUAUGCUCGUAAAGGAGACCGCACCAUAAUGGCAGAGAUCGAGGAAUUGUCUGUUAAAGUAUCCAAUGGGCUUGAAGCUCCUCAGUGCACAGUUCAUCAUAGCAUACCUGCCAUUGUGUUCUUCAAUGGUGGCUACAAUGGAAACUACUACCAUGACUUCAAUGAUGUAUUGAUUCCUCUAUUCAUAACUGCGCGACAAUUUGAUGGAGAAGUUCAAUUCCUCAUAAAGCAUAUGCAACUUUGGUGGAUCAACAAGUAUGGCCUGAUUCUUAACAAGCUCUCGCGAUAUGAACUUAUAGAUUUCGACAAUGAUGAUCGAGUCCACUGUUACCAACAUGCGAUUGUUGGCCUCCACAGCCACAAGGAUUUCAGCAUCGACCCCUCGAGAGCUCCAAAUGGGUACUCCAUGGCAGACUUCUCAGAAUUUUUGAGGAGUGCCUACUCACUCAAGAGAGAUUUACCAAUACAGAUUGGAGAACAUCCAGGAAAGAAGCCUAGGCUGCUGGUCAUAUCGAGGGGAUUGACUCGAAAAUUUGCCAACCUAGAAGAGAUUGUUCAGAAGGCCACAGAAUUGGGCUACGAGGUGGUGGUUGCAGAGGCCAGAUUUGACUCAAAUGUCGCUCAACAUGCGCAAAUCGUUAACUCAUGUGAUGUGAUGAUGGGAGUGCAUGGGGCUGGACUCACUAAUCUCAUUUUCCUUCCAACAAAUGCAGUGGUGAUCCAAAUAGUCCCUUAUGGUGGCUUCGAAGGGAUAGCUAAGAUCGACUAUGGGGACCCAUCUAAGGACAGGAAGCUGAGGUACUUGGAAUACAGUAUCACUGCAGAGGAGAGCACUCUGAUAGAUCUUUAUCCUAAAGACGACCCUGUGAUCAGGGACCCCAUGUCACUUCACAAGCAUGGAUGGACAGUUAUUGGGGAAAUAUACCUAUAUAAACAAAAUGUGAGGCUUGACAUGGAAAGGUUUAGAUCUGUCCUCUUGAAAGCCCUUGAGCUCCUCCAUCAAUGAUAGAAGAAAGUUGGUGCUUUACUGUAAAUCCUCCAGUUGGUUUUUCACCAAAAUGUGUCCCAAAGGAGAAGGUGUACUAGAAGGAAAGUAUACAAGGACAGCUUGUAAUUGCAUCAAGAGUGAACAUGAACUGUCUUCAACUAUACCAAAGAUAGGCAUCUACUUUAUUUAUUGGUGAUUAAUAUGACAUGUAUUGCUACAUUCUCAAUUUCAACUUUGUUUUCUCAUUUCAUCAGAGAUAUUUUAUUCAACCA